CUAGGACCCAGCAGGUGCAGCCCCGUUAUUUUAGAGCUCCGUGGCACGGUUCCGUCGGCAGAGCGCCGGAUCCACAGCACACACCGCGGCAGCGUCCUCUGGGCUCAGGACGCAGAGUGAGCGGAGGCUCGCCACCACACUGUGCGCGUUCAAGAGGGAACAACCGCAAGUUAUUACUGGUUCAAGACAUGGCUUCAUCCGUGAGCGGCACAGAGGAGGUGCGGGUGACGGCGUUGACGCCCCUGAAGUUGGUGGGACUUGUGUGCGUCUUUCUCGCUCUCUGCCUGGAUGUCGGUGCCAUGUUGAGCCCGGCGUGGGUCACCGCGGAUGACCAGUACUCCCUGUCCCUGUGGGCGUCUUGCUGGAAGCCCGUCAGCUCCGAGGAUUGGUCCUGCAACAGCACGCUGGCCACGGACUGGCAGAUCGCCACCCUGGCUCUGCUGUUGGGGGGAGCAGCCCUCACGCUGCUCGCCUUCCUCGUGGCGCUGUUCUCCCUGUGCUUUGGCUCCAGGAGUCGCUGCUACAAGCCUGUGGCCGUCAUGCUUUUCUCUGCAGUUGUGCUCCAAGUGUGCAGCUUGGUUCUCUUCCCCAUCAAGUUCAUAGAGACGGUCAGUCUGAGGAUCUACCAUGAAUUUAACUGGGGCUACGGCCUGGCAUGGGGAUCCACCAUCUUCUCUUUCGGAGGCGCCCUCCUCUACUGCCUCAACCCCAAAAACUAUGAAGACUACUACUGAAAAGACAAGAGGAGAAACCUGGGACCUCACCCAGCUAGUGUCCACAUUAGUAAUAGCACCUCUGUUACACAUCGCACAACCAGACCAGAAAUAGGAAAAAAAUGCUCAUUAAAAAUUUCAGGACUGGAAAGGAGCUCUUGUAUUUGAUACUGUGAACUUGUCUGAAAUGCUGUCCUUGCUCAUUGGACUGAAGCCCUGAGGUCUCUUAGGAGGGUUGGCAGCGAAUCCAGUCAUAUAAAGAAGCGAGGCACUUUCAUUUGGGAGCGAAUGCCACCGGUCAGAUAAUCCUGCGUCCCCUUUAAGUGUAACUCCAGUAGGUCUUAGUUCUGGACACAAGGUGUGUUGUGAACAGAUGGAUUCGCUGGCCCCAUACCCGGAGGAAUUGAUGGACUAAUUAGCCAAUCAGAGAAGAGAAGGAGAUGUAGAGAGGAAGACAUUCUUUUGAAGUGAUAUCCUGAGGAUGACAAACUGAGGAGGCACACCUAAAGAAUGCAACAUGCCACAUUUCCCCAGAGACGCAACAAUAACUGGAGGCUGGCCAAGCUUUCUUCUGCUGCCAGCAGACUUUAAUAUAUCGGAGAAAGCAUGUCACCGAGCUCCCUGGACUCACUGCAUUUGUCCUGUCCUGCUUGUGUCUAUUAUAACUGGGUCAAUAAACAAACAGAAGCUACCUAAGACAGCUAACACCUUCCAAACGGGUGGAAGUAACACAAUCCUAGUUAGUGACUCACUCACGAGUGUCUUCUACACAAAACCUGAUUUACAAGAUGCGAUCAAGAAGUUCUGAGAACAAAACUAUAAAAAAAAUCCAAAGCAUUGCCUGAAUUUAAUUUGGUCAUCUAACGUUCAAAGUUACCUUUUACCCGCGACACGCCCACAAAGCUUCCAGCACAGCUGUUAUUUUUAGAUCGCUCCCUGGAAUUCCAAGUAUCCAUGACCACAGACUGCAAACGUUAGCUUCUGUUUUCUUCCUGUUAAAAGGGAGUUUUUCCUUCCCACUGUCG